UAGAAACCUAGCGCGGCUAACAGUGGAUGCUAGCUGCUAGCGACUCCGGGUCCUGUAAAGUUAUUCAUUUGAUUGAAAAUGGAGGAUCGCUAUGCUUUCCUUGCCGAGUGGUACGACCCAACUGCAGCGCUCCUGCGGCGCUUCCAACUGUUCUUCUACCCAAAAGAUGGCUCAGUGGAAAUGUUUGAUGUGAAGAACCAGCGAGUAUUUUUGCGGAGGACCAAAUACGACAACAUCCACCAGGAGGACCUAUUCAUGGGGAACCGAGUGAACGUUUUCUCACGACAGCUAAAUCUGAUUGAGUACGGGGAUCAGUACACAGCAAACAAACUCGGCAGCAAGAAAGAAAGAACUCUGGCUCUGAUAAAACCAGAUGUAGUCACCAAGAUCGGAGACAUCCUGGAACUGAUAUACUCCUCCAACCUGAUCGUGACCAAAGCCAAAAUGACGAAGCUGUCGUGGAGCCAAGCAGCAGACUUUUACAUGGAACAUCAGUCAAAGCCGUUCUUCAAUAACCUGGUGCAGUUUGUGUCCUCUGGCCCUGUGGUUGCCAUGGAGCUGAUGGGUGAUGAGGCCAUGUCUAUCUGGAGGAAGCUCUUGGGACCUGCAGACGGUGCUGUGGUGCGGAGGGAGGUGCCGCGCAGCAUUCGUGCCCAGUUUGGAACAGAUGGCAUCAAAAAUGUUGCACAUGGCUCUGAUUCACUUGCUGCAGCGGCAAGAGAGCUUGAAUUUUUUUUCCCCUCCACAAUUGGCCACUGUCCCUCUAACACAGCCGUCUUUACAGACUGCACAUGCUGCAUUAUCAAGCCUCAUGCCGUAUCAGAAGGACUGACGGGGAAGAUCCUGAACUCCAUAUCAGAGGCUGGAUUUCAAAUCUCAGCUCUACAGAUGUUCAGCGUGGAGCUGGCGAAUGCUGAAGAAUUCUACGAAGUGUACAAGGGCGUCGUGCCAGAGUACUCUAGCAUGGUGAAUGAACUGUCUUCUGGACCCUGCAUGGUGCUAGAGAUCCAUGGGACAGACGUUUCCAAGACCUUCAGAGAGUUCUGCGGGCCGUCUGACCCAGACAUCGCGCGGCACCUCCGUCCCGCCACGCUGCGCGCGCUCUACGGCAGCACCAAAGUGAAAAACGCCGUCCACUGCACAGACCUCCCCGAGGACGGCGUCCUGGAGGUGCAGUAUUUCUUCAAGAUCUUGGACGGAUGAGAAGUUGACAGCGCACAUACAAAGACUUGACAGUUGUCUCAUUUUCAUGUUUAUUGUUUCAGCCUUUUGCAGAUUAAAUAAAGUGACAAGAGCAGACUCCUGACAAGUGUUUUGAUCUUCAACAUUGAAUUAAGUAUUUUUCACACCAACUAAACAUGUCAUUACAACGGGAUACUGCAUUGCCUCUGAUGUUCUCUAACUUUUUGACCAGCGACUUUGGUAUUGAAUUCAAACAUUACACUUUGAAAAAAAAAUGUACAACUGCAUAAAUAUAAAAUUCUUCCACCAUGAACAUGGCUAAAACAUUCAAUAGUAAGUUGCAUCACGUCACGUGAUGUCUCCAGCAAAAA